UUGAUUCCAAACCGCAACAAUGAAACGAACAGUUAACUAUAGGGAAAGAGAGAAGUUACAAGCAGACACAGAAACCGAAAAUAAAAGCGUGUCAUUUAGGACACAUCCUACAAUUAGAUUUGACAGAAAGCCUCCUGUUUUUAGAAAACCAAACGAGAUUGGAAACUAUUCAGUUGAUAAAAAUCGACUCUUCAAACACAACAGAUCAAACAUGAAAUAUUUUAUACCUCCUGGAAAUUCAAAUACUGUAAACUUUGACCUAACCAUAGGAUACAAAGAAAUGAUACGCAAAGAUGAAAGUAGAAAAGAACAUUUGGAUUACAUUCUUCAUUGGAUUUUAUGCAACAAGUCAAAAUUUCAACUUCAAACAAAAGAUGGAAUUAAUCCGAACAAUAGAGAUUUACAUACAGAUUUUAUAUGCUGGAGAGGGCUGUUAACAAAGUUGCUGUGUACUCCUUAUGAAAACAGAGAUGAUUGGUUGAUAGCAAUCACCAAAUAUAACAAUACAAUAUAUAUGUGUGAGUUUGAGACUGAACAAAGGAAGAAAAAUAAAGCAGAAAUGACAGAAAGACAGGAUGAAAUGAGUUGUUGGGGAUGGAAAUUUGAACAAUAUGUCACAGCAGAUAAACCAGAUGGCACCCCAGUUACAACAGAACCUGUUAACAACAAUGAAGAAUAUUCUACAGUUGUUAGAAGUAGAUUGGAGUCACAUUCUUUAGUUUUCUCAGGGGAAGUAGAUGCCAUGGAUACAACCUCGGGUUGUGAAGGCUGUAAAUAUGUGGAAUUCAAAACAAACAGAGAAAUAGAAUACAAUAGACAAAGACAAAACUUUCAAAGGUUUAAGUUGAUAAAAUGGUGGGCGCAGAGUUACCUGGUUGGUAUACCUAAAAUAGUGUGUGGUUACAGAGAUGACAAUGGCAUCGUUCACAGACUUGAAACAAUCAAUACACUGGAUAUACCUAAUCAGUUACAGGGAUUGAGAGAUCCAUGGAAACCAAAUGUUUCCUUGAACUUCUUAGACCAUCUUCUUGCAUUCAUCAAGGCCAAUGUAACAGAAGAUAAUCCUAGGUCAGUAUACCUUAUGAGCUGGCAACCGGGACGUGAUAUACAACUACACAAACAGCCUCCUAUUUCAGAAAAAUAUCAGUUUUUACCAGACUGGUACAUAACCAAUUCACAAGAAGAGGAACCACAUAAGAAAUAAAUGAAGAUGGCAGACGCAAGUUCUGAAAAAAGUAAUUCAACAAAAUUGUCCAAUUCUGUUGAUAAAAAAAUGACGUUUGGGAAAUAAAUUUUAUCAAAUAAAGAGGUUUUUUUUUAA